AUUCUCUUUGAUUUUAUAUAUCUUCUAGUGGGUUUUGGCUUUUUAAUCUGUAGCACAUAGUUAAUUAUUUCAUACCUCUUUAAUGAUUCUUCUAUAGGCUUUUCACCAAAAUGGAAGCAGAUGCAUUGUUCUUAAUGUUUUAGCUUAUAGUAAGUUAACUAUAGUGGAGAGAACUCUUUGAACUUGAAUCAGAACCAGAGGUUACUUAGAACAAAAUUUGCAGAACCACGACAUCGAAUAAGUACAGGGCUCCAACAGUUUCUACCACCUUUAGAAUACAUGCAUAUGCAUUUUAGCUUUUGAUCCUAUAGGGAUUUGAGAAACAGCGAAAAUCAUGGCAGGAGGAGCUGCACCACCACCCAAACAAGAAGAGCUGCUUCCGCAUCCAGUGAAAGAUCAGUUGCCAAACAUUGCUUACUGUAUCACUAGUCCCCCUCCCUGGCCUGAGGCCAUUUUACUUGGGUUCCAGCACUAUCUUGUGAUGCUUGGGACGACAGUUCUCAUUCCCACGACUCUAGUUCCACAGAUGGGAGGAGGAAAUGAAGAAAAAGCAAAAAUGAUCCAGACACUACUUUUUGUGGCUGGAGUGAAUACGUUGGCACAGACAUCGUUUGGUACCCGAUUGCCUGCUGUAAUUGGAGCCUCUUACACGUUUGUACCAACAACCCUCUCAAUUGUCUUGGCUGGUCGAUACAGUGACCUUGUAGAUCCUCAGGAGAAGUUUGAGAAGAUUAUGCGAGGGACACAAGGUGCUCUUAUUGUUGCGUCUACCCUUCAAAUUGUUCUCGGCUUUAGUGGCCUUUGGAGAAAUGUGGUCAGAUUCAUGAGUCCACUGUCCAUAGCUCCAUUGGUAUGUCUAACAGGGUUCGGGCUAUAUGAGUUUGGUUUUCCACUGCUUUCAAAAUGUGUGGAGAUCGGUCUGCCACAACUCGUUCUUCUAGUUAUCUUCUCACAGUAUGUACCUCAUCUUAUGAGUGGGGAGAGGCAUAUCUUUGACCGCUUUGCUGUCAUAUUCUCGGUGAUCAUUGUGUGGAUUUAUGCUCACUUGCUGACUGUUGGUGGAGCUUAUAAGCACUCACCAAGAACACCCCAAAUGAGCUGUCGAACAGACCGUGCUGGAAUUAUUGGUGCAGCUCCAUGGAUACGGGUUCCAUAUCCGUUCCAAUGGGGAGCUCCUACAUUCGAUGCUGGAGAAGCUUUUGCAAUGAUGGCUGCUUCAUUUGUCGCUCUUGUUGAGUCCACUGGUGCGUUCUUUGCUGUGUCAAGGUAUGCGGGUGCGACCCCUAUACCGCCCUCUGUGCUCAGUCGUGGAGUCGGUUGGCAGGGACUGGGCAUAUUGCUCUCCGGAGUUUUUGGAACAGGAAACGGGUCAUCUGUAUCCGUUGAAAAUGCUGGUCUGCUAGCAUUGACACGAGCAGGCAGCCGAAGGGUUGUACAGAUAUCUGCUGGAUUCAUGAUAUUUUUUUCGAUACUAGCAAAAUUUGGAGCGGUCUUUGCUUCAAUUCCAGCACCAAUCAUCGCAGCUCUGUAUGUUCUGUUCUUUGCCUAUGUUGGUUCAGGAGGCCUUAGUUUCCUUCAGUUUUGCAAUCUCAACAGCUUCAGAACAAAGUUCAUCUUGGGCUUCUCAAUUUUCAUGGGACUAUCGAUUCCACAAUAUUUCAACGAACAUUUAGUAGUAAAGGGUUAUGGUCCUGUCCACACUAAUGCUAGAUGGUUUAAUGAUAUGAUCAACGUUCCAUUCUCGUCGAAAGCGUUUGUUGCUGGCUUUCUGGCUAUGUUCCUCGAUGUCACGCUUCAUCAGAAAGACAAUGCCACUAGAAAGGACCGGGGUAUGCAAUGGUGGAUCAAAUUCAGGGCAUUCAAGACAGAUACGAGAAGUGAAGAGUUCUAUUCCCUGCCCUUCAAUCUUAACAAAUUUUUUCCUUCGGUGUAAUACAACUCAACUCUGGGGAUGUAAAAGCAUGAGCUACGCUACUUUUUUCACGUAAAAUAAACAUUGGUUUUCUGUCUAUGGUAUCAUAAAAUUAUGAGUAGUGCUACAUGCACAAAAUUAGGUAAUGCAAUUAUGGUUUUUGGCACCGUGGUGCUGUUGUCGACUAUGAUGAAAUUCACUGUGCAUUAUUCUC